UCCAGAUAUAUAUAUAUAUGUAUAUAUAAAGCGUUAGUUGAUUUAGGGCUUUCCUCCAUUCUCGUCUCAGAAAAACGCCGCAGCCCGCAGGAGAGCGCUCUGCUGCCGGAGAUCAACAAUGCCUUCGCACAAGACAUUCAUCAUUAAGAAGAAGCUCGCGAAGAAGCAGAGGCAGAACAGGCCGAUCCCGUACUGGAUCCGGAUGCGCACGGACAACACCAUCCGCUACAACGCCAAGCGCCGCCAUUGGCGCCGUACCAAGCUCGGCUUCUAAGCUAUGACUCCUUUUAGCCGCUUUCCGUUUCGGUUCGUUAUAUCUGAUAUUAAGGAUCUUAUAUCUUUUGAGUGAAAUAGGGAUAUUGCUACAAUGACAAUUGAAUUGUUUUGGUUUCAAACAAUGUUUUUAUUUCUAAUUUGAUGUGGUGUUUUUAGCUUUC